UGAAAGUACUCAAUUAGAUAGAUUUUACGGCCGCUUCCGUGCACCGCCGUUGCAGCGCCACCCAACGAUUGGCCUGUAUGCGAGACAGGGAACAGGCAACCCAUUAUUCACAAAUUCACAUGAUUGACAGCCGCUGUCAACACUGCACAAGCUUGAGCCUUUUAUCAUAAUAAUAGAGCAAAUUCACCUGGUACUUAUGAAAUCCACAAUUUUCUCACGUCGCGACAUUUCGUAGCUACAGUUGCCGGCUUUUUCUUUUUACGGACAGGAACAGUCUUUUGUACAAAUGACUAGUAGUAUCGUACAACUGGGAUUGGGCUUUUAUUGUCGAAUUAUUCGGUAUUCGUGUUCUUUACCAUUAUCAAGUUCCGUAAUUAUUGCUAACGCUUUUCCGAAGUUUACGCUGUACGAGUACUGACUACUGAGUGUACUCCAUGUACUGUUGUGCAGUUUGUUGUGGAGUUUGUCGGCACAGCCGCACAGAUCAUUUGUUUAAGAUUCGUAAGAGUUAAAGUUCGGGUUGCUGCAGUUGAAACUUGGCAUUAAGUAAUUGUAUUGCCGCAUUAAUGCUGUGAACUUGUUAACAGCAUACAUAUUUAUCUCGGAAUUUUGCGUCUUGCGUUUGUGAGCUCUGUUGAAGUAUUAUUAACCUGACUUUGAAAUGCCGACGCCGACGUCCACUACAGAAGGGGCCGUGGAAAUUCUGUUUGGCAAGUAACCGGCGUCUGGGUGUGACUGCUUAAGUGGAAAACUGACCAGUUUUAAGUUUUCCUACAGGCGUCCUUUUAUUGUUGACUUUUCUUGGCGGCAUGCAGUGUUAUGCGUUAUUAUAAGUGUUAUAAUAUUUUAAAUCAUUGCAUUCCUCGUUUUUGAAUAUUAUCAUCGCUCGCAUGGCUGAACGUCUUGAGAAUAAUAUUCUGUAACUGGAAAUAUUCUUGUGAUCAUAUCGCCGAAAAAGCCCUAACUGACGAGUGCUAUUGUGGAUUUGAAAUCCAGUAAAUUGAAGACUACAGCCACUGCUGCUGCCUGUUUCCGCCCCGAUCAGAGAAAUGCUUCCUAGACUGUGGAUAAUUGCGGGAUUAGCGCUUUUAUGCCAGUGUAGAGAAAGGAGAGCCGGAGAGAGAAAGUCGAAGCCUCAUAGUGAAACAAAGAGACCACUGGAAAAAGAAAAUCAAUCACAUCUCCAGUACUAUCAAAUUGUGCGCAUUGGACACAAUGCUACCAUCAACUGUGGCGUUCAAUUACCGCGGAGCUUCAUUCAACCUUUUAAUAUGGUCACCUGGAAGAAGGACGGUGAAGAUCUGGACAUGACGGAUUACGAUGGAAUCAAAGUGCGCCUAGGCAACGAAACAGCUUUGUCAAGGAUCGUUCUAACAAAGAUUUCAGAAGAACAUGCCGGGAACUAUACUUGCAUUGUCGCUCUGGGUGAUGGUUCCAGAGCAGCAUCGACUUCUGUGCAGGCAAUCGAAGUGGACCAAUAUGUUAGAAUCUGGGAAGAGAGCUUGGGGGAAAAGCUGGGCAACUCUGUCGAGAGCAACGCCAGGUCUCCGGAAUUGCCGGCAUCUUUUGUUGGUGAAAAACCAUACUUUACGGAAAACAAGCGUGCUACGGAUUUUUUGAAGUAUCUUGUACCCGGUUCGAGCCAAGCUUUCAACUGUGAAGCCGCACCAAAACAUGGCCAUGACAAAAUCACCAAAGUAAAGUGGUUCAAAAACGGAGUGCGGAUAAUAAACAACGAAAGACCGUGUCCCGAUAUCGCAGCGGGUAAUGCCUUUUACCUAUGUCUGCAUAACUUGCAAAGGAACGAUACGGGACUGUAUUCGUGCGAAGUGUCCAAUAUUUUCGGAUCAGUCAAUCGUACAUUUAUCGUCGUUGUUUCUGCUUCUGCAAGCGAACGAGAAUAUCCCAGCCCAAGUAAAAUAGUGACAACUAAAGAAGCCCUCCCGAAUGGACUGUUGCGGCUGCACUGUGAAGUGACCAUUGAAAUGCCGCUGCCUCUUAUUGGCGAUACGUGGUGGAAGGUCGACUCUUCUGAAUUACUCAGUGUGGAAGAACAGAAACGGUGCAACAUGAACCUUAUGAAUUUGAAGAUGUUGCCGUUGAAAAAUAGCCCAUUGUUUCCUCAUAUACAAGUUGUAACUCCCAUGCCAAACGCCACUGAUCUUUGGAAUAGGAAAUUUCGAAGUUACAUCGACAUUGACCCGGGAAAAAUGCCGGGGGUUUAUGUUUGUAUGCUCAUUUCCGAGAUGUCGCACGAAUGUGUUGUCCCACCCAGCGUAAACAGCAGAAAAGUUACAAAACGACCGCGACUGAAUAAAAACGGACGGCUGAAAACUCCUGCAUCACCAUUAAUUAUACAAGUUACUACGCAGACGGAAGUUUCAACUAUCCUCACUUAUAACGAACGACAAAACGAGGUUUCUGGAACACUAGUCAGUGAUCCCCAAAAAGUUAACUCCACGGAAAUUGCCGGGGUGCACAACGAACCAGCUGUGGUCGCGGGGAUUGUUUCCAUAGUGCUGAUUGUGUUCUUCAUCGUGAUACUCCCGGCAAUCUGCAUCGCCUACUCCAAGCACCGGCGGCGGAAUGCUACCGACCAGUUGGUUGUGGACAACCGUAAUGUUUCGACGAGUCUACGGCGUUCCAACGUGGAUUACAUUGUUCCCGUCGCUCCACCCUCAACACUGCCGUCUUGCCCAUACUCCUCCAUGAGCAGACUGAAAUUGUCAACUUCCUCAGUAGCCAAGUUGCCUGUUGUGUCGUCCAUGCGGAGCAGUAUGGAAGACACAAGAGUGAAUGUGGAACCGUUUUUGGCUGCGCAUCGCAGAAGGGAAACAUUCGAUGACGAUUCAUCGGUGUAUGAAUAUUUCAAACAUCCUCCGUCAAUGGUGUCAUCGUACGCGUACAGCGGAUACGAUGCCAGUCGAGUUUCCCAACGAGCGACGGACUGAAUUGUUUGGUUUAGGUGGACGGUGACCUUUUGUGUGUAAAUUGCUGAUUACAUGGUGAGAGACAGUAUUUAAUCGUUUCCUUCAGCUCGGCUGGGUAAUGUUUCUCCUCUUUACCACAGAAUGCCAGAAAUUAAUUAGUGGCCCGUGAAUCUGAUUAAUUUUUUGAUUCUCAGAGAGAAGAUUUUUUCACGGUUGGAAUGUUUUUUGAUUUUAGUAUUUGAAGAACAUUUCCGUACGCACUGUGUAUACAUAAUAAAGGAGC